AUGAAUUCUUGUUCAGAUAACAAAAAAUUACUUUCUGCUGUUGACUUUAAGGAAGAAGGUAAUCUGCAGUUUAAAAAUAACAAUUUCGAAGCUGCUGUUAAGUUGUACGGCAAUGCUAUCGAAUGCACCCGGGAAGAAUCUGCUGAAAAAGCAGUGUAUUAUAAAAAUAGAGCUGCUGCUCACAUCAAAUUAAAAAAUUAUGAACUUGCUGUAAAAGAUGCUGAUGCUGCACUCGAAAUUUUACCCAAAGAUCCGAAGGCUUUAUUUCGAAGAUGUCAAGCACUUGAAUAUUUAGAAAGAUAUGAAGAAGCAUACAGAGAUGCUAGAGCUGUACUCGAAUGUGAGCCAACAAACAAAGCAAUUCAACCAGUCUUGGAAAGACUUCAUAAAAUAGUACAAAAACGACAAUAUGAAAAUAAUUUAACAAGUAAUAAAGUACAUAAAAUGUUUGAAUUAAUAAAUAACUCGGAAGUAGUUGGCGAAAAAAGGGAAACAGCUUUUAAUAAUUUAUUGACUUUGGCCAGAGAAAAAACAGGGGGACAGAUUAUUUGGAAUGAAUUUUCCAAAUUAGUUAACUUGCUUAAAUCGGAAAAAAAUGAAAGUAUUGAAGUGACUAUAAUUCGAAUCAUUUCCGAAUUAUGCAAAGUGGAUGUUUUUAAAGUGAAGAAACUCAUAAUGCAAGAUUUAGGAAUCAACUGGUUUAUCGAUUUGCUUAACAGUAAAAAUGCUGAAAAAGUCAGUGCUGGACAAUAUUGCAUUCAGACCAUUUUAAAUACACUCAGUGGACUUGACAACAAAAUUGAUAGUAAACCUAAUGAAGAAUUAUGUAAAGAAAAUAUGAAAGAAAUUGAUGAAGUUUUAACUGCCUUGGUGAAUAGUACAACCAGUUGCACUUUAUCAGGCUUGGCAAGAGAUGCUAUUUUAGAAUUAAUUACUCGUAAUGUUCAUUACACUGCUAUUAACUGGGCGGAACGUUUAGUCGAAAUUGGUGGCGUUCAAAGAAUUUUGAAAGUUUCUUCUCAUUUACAAGAAUUUAAAUAUGAGUCUGCUAUGGAAAUAACGAAUAACACUAAAAAUAUAGCAUCAGUUUGCUUGAGUAGAAUCUACGAGAACAUGUAUUAUGACAAAGCUCGACAGAGUUAUUUAAAUUCUGUAGAAGAGUUUAUCAAAGAACAAUGGUUGAGUCCCGAUUUGGAUGAUAAAGUAUGUGCAAUUUCUGCCAUCACUGCUUUACUUUUGGGUCCGGUCGAUGUUGGAAAUACAAUAAUUGCAAAAGAGGGAAAAAUAGAAAUGAUUUUAGCCAUGGCUGCAUCGGAGAAUGUUUUACAUCAAAGAGUAGCAUGUGAAUGCAUCAUAGCCGCUGCAUCAAAAAAAGAUAAGGUGUCUACAAUAGUAAGUCAAGGCGUCAGCAUUUUAAAAAAAUUAUACAAUUCUAAUGAUGAUGGUAUUAAAGUGAGAGCUCUGGUAGGACUGUGCAAAUUGGGAGCGAGUGGUGGUUCUGAUGCUAGUAUUAGACCUUUAGAAGAAGGUGUUACUAAAAAACUUGCAGAGGCAUGCAGAAGAUAUUUAAUUGAUAAUUCUAAAAAUAUAGAUUCUAGACGAUGGGCCGCGGAGGGACUCAGUUAUCUAACAUUAGAUGCAGAAGUUAAAGAAAUUCUAAUCGAAGAUAAACGUGCCCUACAAGCAUUGUUAGAGCUUGCAAAAAGUGGUGAACAAAUGGUUGUUUACGGGGUUGUAACCACGUUCGUUAAUUUGGUGAACGCUUAUGAAAAGCAAGAAAUACUGCCAGAAAUGGUCGAAUUGGCAAAGUUUGCAAAACAUCAUAUCCCUCAAGAGCAUGAAUUUGACGAUCCAGACUUUGUUACGAAAAGAGUUGAAAUUUUAGCUAAAGAAGGUAUUACACCAGCUUUGGUUGCUUUAGCAAAGACAGACAGUGAUAAUUCGAAAGAAUUAAUUAGUAGAGUUUUUAAUGCAAUAUGUGGCCAGCAAGAUCUAAGGGGUUUGGUUGUUCAACAAGGGGGUGCCAAGGCGUUAUUACCUUUGUCAUUGAAAGGUACGCAGAAUGGAAAAAAACAAGCAUCUCAAGCAUUGGCCAGAAUCGGAAUAUCCAUCAACCCAGAGGUUGCUUUUCCUGGACAACGUAUGCUGGAAGUCAUUCGGCCCUUGUUAAAUUUACUACAUCCAGAUUGUAGUGCCCUAGAAAAUUUUGAAGCAUUAAUGGCCCUUUGUAAUCUUGCAUCAGUGUCUUCGAGUGUGAGACAAAGAAUUUUAAAAGAAAAUGGUUUGCACAAAAUUGAAGCAUACAUGUUUGAAGAUCAUGUUCUACUUCGAAGAGCUUCCACGCAGGUUAUAACCAACCUAAUCGUUGAAGAAAGCAUUAUAGAGAAUUACGAAGGAGAAAAUGAUAAGACAAAAUAUUUAUUUUUGCUUUGUUUUGAAGAAGAUUUGGAAACAGUGGAGGCAGCAUCUGGGGCUCUAGCAAUGUUAACUUCCGUCAGUAAAAUAUGUUGCAAAAAACUUUUCAAUGUGACAAACUGGCUGGAAAUAUUUCAAUAUUUACUUUCAAAUCAAAAUUCUGCUAUUCAACAUAGAGGUUUAGCCAUUGUCAUGAAUAUUUUCAAGCAUGAUAUUGAAUUAGCAAAAAAAUUAAUAGAAACUAAUGUCAUGGAUGUUCUUAUGGCGUUGACCAAAUUAAAUGACACAAAAAUUAAAGAUUUAGCCAAUGAGGCUUUAAAAAUGGCAGAAGAAUUAAAAUUAAUUAAAAAAAUUGAUAAUUCUGAUAAUUUAGCUCAGAGUUCUGCGGCAGAUGAUCCUGAUAUGCCAGAUUUGGAGUAA